CCCUAUUGACAGAAUAGAUUGGACCACUUAGUCCACUUACUUUUAACCCCAGCAGUGAUAGCAAACUUUUACUUAAAAAUGAAAUCAAUCAUUUCAACUUAGGUAAGACUUCAUAAAAUACACGAAACAAUAAUAAAUGAAAAUGUUUUGAUAUUUUUCUUACCGGAAGGAAACAGAAAUGACGCAUGCGCACAACAUUUGUGAAAAAUGUCCCUGAAAACUUUUUCAAAGUUGGCUGCAUUUAGACGUUUUCCAGCAUGUACAACAUCAAUACCCUGCAGAUUCUCAAACACUCUCAGCAAAGAAAUAGUGGAAAAACACAGGAAAAGUGGACUGAACAGAGACCAAGAAGAGAUAGAAGAGUAUAAAGGACCCAUAGAUGCAACAAGAGAAUACAAGCAUGUCAUGCCAGAGUUUCUUCCCUCUUCAACAUGGUAUUUCCGGGAUCGCCUAAAAGACAAGUUAGAGAGAUAUGACAUGGUGAAGAGACGAAGUCAGAUUGAUAUACCAGAGUUCUAUGUUGGGAGUAUUAUGUCGGUGACUGUGUCAGAUCCACAUGCUCCAGGUAAACAGAACAGAUUUGUUGGACUGUGUAUACAAAGAGAGGAAACAGGUCUCCGAGCUCGAUUCACCCUAAGAAAUGUCAUAGAUGGACAAGGUAUAGAGAUACAAUAUGACAUGUACAACCCUACCCUACAGAAAAUAGAAGUGUUAAAACUUGAGAAGCGUGUAGAUGAUGACCUACUCUAUCUGAGAGAUUGUCCCCAAGAGUAUAGUACUGUACCAUUUGAUAUGGAGCCUGUCCCUCUUGCCAAGGGGGCCCCUGUACCUGUAUACACAAAAAUGAUUCCUUUGAACCCAUUACCAUGGGAACGGCGAUGGAACAUCAAACAAUACAAAGGGGUUACAAUUCCUGAAUUGAGCAAACGUAGAGAAAAACGUGCCGCCAAAUACCUCAAAACAUUAGAACCUAGAAAACAUGAUAUCAUGGAGGAUUAUAGAAAAAGUAUACCUGAAGAGAUGGAGGAAGAAGUUUAUAGAACUGUACAUGAAGCCAGUAAAAAAUACCCCAAGGCUACUCCUAGUAAAUUAACUGGAAAAGGAAAAUAAGUGCCGGAUAGAGUAAAUUUGGCAAAUUCAGUUAAUUGGUAGAUCUUUGAAAAAUGGCAGUUUAAUGUAGUGUGGAUUUGAAAGUGUUGAAAUAAAGGAAUGGACAGAUUAUUGGCAAAUAUCUGUCAUUUAGGAUUUCAUGAAGCGAGACUGAAUGAUAUUUUCUGGCU